CUCCAAUUGAGUGAAUACAGACUGCAAAAGCGGAGCAAACAAAUAAACAUCGCCUUUACUGUAGGUGACCAAGAGGUCACGGGUUCAAGCCCUGCCAGGCGUCUGGUGUGCGUCAUCAACAGUCACUCAUGGAUCAGAGAAGUCAGUUCUCUUCUCCGCAACGCGUGAAAACGUCAACUUUCCACUCAGAUGCACCGCAUUAACUUACAAGAGGUGGAUUUGUUUGUCUAUUUCUACAUGUAGAACGGAUAUGAUUGAUCAUUUCGCCCUGGAGCGGUGUGCAAUGCUAUCUCACGCCGACCUCCUGGAUGCUCGCCUCGGUGAGUUAACAUCACCAAACUCCGGUCUUCAACUCUACUGGAUGAAGGAUGCCGCUGCGGAGCUCCUGGGCCACAGGGAGGCUUUGAAGUGCAGACUCGGUGGUGGUGGACCGGAUCCGGGGCAUUCCGGGGAGCUCGGCCCAGGCCCGGACGGCGUGGAAGGAGCCACGAUGCUCCCCGGCGAUGAUAUCAGCAGCGGCGGAGGAUCCAACCCGGUGCAGGUGAACAAUAAGGAGCAGGAGAAGCAGCAGCAACAGCAGCAGCAAAACAGCAACAACAACCCCAAUCAGUCUGGAGGGCAACAGUCCCAGAAACAAAAGCGGCACCGGACCCGCUUCACCCCGGCGCAGCUCAACGAGCUGGAGAGGAGCUUCGCCAAAACUCACUACCCAGAUAUCUUCAUGCGGGAGGAGCUGGCGCUGAGGAUCGGUCUGACGGAGUCCAGGGUGCAGGUCUGGUUCCAGAACCGACGCGCCAAAUGGAAGAAGCGCAAGAAGACCACCAACGUCUUCAGAGCUCCGGGGACUCUACUGCCGACGCACCACGGUCUGCCCCAGUUCCCGUCCGCCGCGGCCGCAGCAGCGGCCAUGGGAGACAGCCUCUGCUCCUUCCACGCCAAUGACACCCGCUGGGCUACGGCAGGGAUGCCCGGCGUGUCUCAGCUGCAGCUACCGCCCGCUCUGGGGCGCCAGCAGGCCAUGGCGCAGUCGCUAUCUCAAUGCAGUCUCGGCGCAGGGCCGCCGCCCAACUCUAUGGGUCUGUCCAACAUGUCGUCAAACGGCUCCGGGCUGCAGUCACACCUCUACCAGCCCACCUUCCCCGGAAUGGUACCUGCGUCCUUGUCGGGCCCGUCCAACGUGACCGGCUCGCCUCAGCUGUGUAGUUCCCCGGACAGUGACGUCUGGAGAGGGACAAGCAUCGCGUCGCUGCGCCGCAAAGCGCUGGAGCACACAGUUUCCAUGAGUUUUACCUAGUACCGAAGUGCAGCCUGAAGAGAUUUUCUUUCACUUGCGCAGUGACCUUCUGCAUUUAGUUUUAUCCAUCCAGCCCAUCCAAACGGCACACCCGGAAAAAUACAAUCAGGAUACUUGGUCAAAUUCCAAACUGCACACUUGGCAUUUUUUUCUCCCAAACUCCCCAAAAAAGAGGAGAACUGACGCUCUUCAUCAAGCCUGUUGGCCUUUAUCAACAACUGGGCUGGUUCCGUUUGAAGCUCUAAUUUAUUAUUUCGCAUGUAGCCUCAGACACCUAUUUAUUUAUCUAUUUAAAUUAACUUAUCGGUUUGUUCAAUAUUUAUUUAUUUAUUUAUAUGGCACAUACAGACAGCCUUUAUACUGCGGGGCUUUCAGUGACAUUUGCUUGGUGACUGAUGAUUUAUGAUGAAUGACUCUGAGGAUUCUUUGAAACACAAGAUUCCACUUUUUCUCCUGAUGCGCGGCAUUCACCUCCAAGGAGGAAAAUGAUUGCACACUGGACGUGCAGAAACAAAAACACCUGGAGGUUUAAAAGACUGAGAACAUGAACGAUUCAGCAGGAGAGAGAAGGAAACUGAUCUGAGAAGAAUCAGGACAAGGAAAAGAACUUGACUGCAUGUGCUGUCAAAGGCAAAAAAUAUAAAAAACAAAUAAAUAAAUAAAAAAGGGGAAAAACUAUAAAUUAAGACAUGGAAACUGACUUAACUAUAAUCUGUUAUAUAGGAUGUUUUGUGUAGCGGAAGCGCUCUUGUUCCCAUUUGGUCAAUUUGUGAUAACUUACGUUUCCAAAACCCUGUCUGUGCUUAUUAUCACAUAUGCUUUUCUUAAAUGUUUGAAUCAUUUUGUUUCACGGACAUGUUUAUAUCAAUUCAGUGUAAAUGAUCAAAUAAAA